GAAACCAAGGCGACGAUAUGAAGAAGCGUGUUUGUGAACAGCAAUUGAAAGGGUUCAAAGGAUUUCUUUCCGCAAGCAAAUUGUGUUAGAGAUCCAUCAAGAGAAAAUCAAAUUCAAGUCUGAGAUCAUAACUGCGCAGAUAUGCGUCCUCUCAUACUUUCUGCACUCUCGAUCUCACUCUCUCUCCUUCGCUUGAUCUCUUCUUCUUCUUCGAGCCAAUUCACCAUCGAUGGGAAGGUGUUGGAGCUCAACGAGUCCAAUUUCGACGCCGCCAUUGCUGCCUUUGACUACAUCUUCGUCGACUUCUACGCUCCUUGGUGUGGCCACUGCAAGCGCCUUUCCCCCGAGUUGGACAAAGCUGCUCCUAUUCUUGCUGGACUAAAGGAGCCCAUAGUAAUUGCAAAAGUAAAUGCCGACAAGUUUACCCGUCUUGCUAAAAAAUAUGAAAUCGAUGGGUUUCCUACCUUAAAGAUAUUUAUUCAUGGAGUUCCAACAGAGUACUAUGGCCCAAGGAAGGCAGAUCAACUUGUUCGCUACUUGAGGAAAUUUGCUGCUCCUAAUGUUGCCAUUCUCAAUUCUGACGCUGAUAUAAGUGACUUUGUUGAAGCAGCUGGAACCGAUUUUCCUAUUUUUGUGGGCUUUGGUUUAGAUGAAUCUGUGAUAUCAAAUUUGGCUAUCAAGUACAAGAAAAAAGCUUGGUUUUCAGUGGCAAAAGAUUUUUCAGAGGACGUUAUGGUGCUAUAUGAUUUUGAUAAAGUUCCUGCUCUGGCAUCCCUUAAUCCAAAGUACAAUGAACAGAGCAUCUUUUAUGGCCCCUUUGAAGAUAAAUUCUUGGAGGAUUUUAUAAAGCAGAAUUUGUUCCCUCUGGUUGUGCCCAUAAAUUACGAGACACUGAAGUUAUUGAAAGAUGAUAAAAGAAAAAUUGUGCUGACAAUUAUGGAGGAUGAAGCAGACGAAAAAUCAAAGGAGUUAAUCAAGCUAUUGAAAGCUGCUGCCUCUGCUAACCGUGAUUUAAUGUUUGGUUCUGUUGGGCUCAAGCAGUGGGAAGAAUUUGCCCAAUCCUUUGAGGUUACAAAACAUACCAAAUUGCCAAAAAUGGUUGUUUGGGAUGGAAAUGAGGAGUACUUUUCGGUUAUUGGGUCAGAAAGCGUUGCGGAGCAGGAUCAGGGAUCCCAAAUCACAAGAUUUCUGGAAGGGUACAGAGACGGAAGCGUGAUACAGAAACAAAUUAGUGGACUAUCAUUUAUGGGUUAUAUUAAGUCGUUGCUCGGGAUCAGAACUGCUUACAUAUUGAUUUUUGUGGUAGCGGUUAUCAUGCUGAUCCAAACCAUUGGCAAAGAGGAACCUCUCAGGGUUGGGACAAGGGACCCGGCUGAUCAUCCAAGCAGCAGCUCUGCUGUUGCGGCUGAGGCUCAUCGGCCGGCAGACAAGGAAGACAAGGAAGAUUAAGCUCGGACCCUGUUGGAUUCCUAUUCAUAAAACCAAUGCUUUUAGAAUCAACAGCGUCCAGGGAAUGAUACAUAGAUCAGCGUGACUGUUGGCUUUCCAUUUUGCUAACAUUGUGUUUCCUUAAUGUUACAUGUGUGUCCAAAGUGAAGCAGAGUUGAAUUCCCAUUUUGUUUGUUUCUUCUUAUGUUAACCUAAAUCAUUUUUGAAAA